CAUGUGACUGUGUUUUUCUUGUUUAUUUUUACACAGCCUCGCGGAUACUAUCUUCUUCUGAUAUCCGUGGCUGUGUAAACUGUGUUAAAAUUUGGUCAUUUAUUUAAAUCGUUGCGUUUAACGUUGCAUUUUAACUGUUAAUAUUGCCAACCAGUGUCAUCGUAUGUAUUAUAACAUAUUUAAUAACGUAAAAGCAAAAGCCUAACCCUAAGAAGACUAAGGAAGAUAAUAAUAAUAUAAAUAUAAUAUUAUUAAUAUAAUUACAAAUUAUAAUUAAAAUAAAUCAAACUUCAAAUUCAAAGUAUUAGUAUUAUUAAAUAAUAUAAUUAUAAUAUAAUACUCUAUUUCUAUUAGAUUUUUGGAGUAUUAAAUAUUGAUAACUAUUAAUUAGUUAAAUUAGCCUAUAUUUAUGUAAUAUAAUUUAUUAUAUUUUUAUAUUGUUGUAUAUUUUUGUAUUAUAAUUAUAUUAAGUUAUAAUUAGGGGCCUAUAUUAUAAUAAAUUAUAUAUAUACAGUCUAUUAUAAUAUAUAAUUAAUAUAGGCCUAUAUAAUUAUAUAUAUAUGUAUAUGAAUAUGGUAAUUAUGGACUUAGAUUAUUCAAUAAAAUGAAAUAAUGGUAGUCCAGGUAGGCAGGCCUAACAAAAAGUUUUGUUACUAUUUAAAACAAUUUUGUUGGUCUAAAUCAAGGGUCGGGAACCUAUGGCUCGCGAGCCAGAUGUGGCUCUGUUGAUGGCUGCAUGUGGCUCGCAGACAAAUGUUCGAUUAUAAAAAAGUCGCAUAAAUGGUAAGAAAUACUCAUUAUUGAUUAGCAACAGCAUAACAAUGUGAUUAAAAAGAAUUCAGAGACAUAAUUAUUGCAUUUUUAGUGUUGAAAUUACACAAAAUGCACACAUUUACUUGAAUUUUUAGUUUUAAACAUAAUGUAUGGCUCUCACAGAAUUACUUUUCAAAAUAUUUGGUGUCCAUGGCUCUCUCAGACAAAAAGGUUCCCGACUCCUGGUCUAAAUAGUCUAAUGUUUCAAUUCAAUGUGACAUUGAUAUCAUAGCAGUCUAUAUAGAAUAUAAUUUGAAUUAUGAGUCUACUAUAGUAGCCUAAGGGCAGGUCAGAAUCAGGGACGUCAUUUCAGGUUUUUUUAAGGGGGUGGGAGGCAAUACCAAAACUUGGCCUGUUGUUGAGAUUUUUAUUACUGGGGGUGCCACGGUAUAUAGCAAUUGAAAUAAAACCUGCGAAUUCAGGGGGGGGGGGGAAUCUCCCCUCCUACCCUACCCAAAUGACAUCCCUAGUCAGAAUGUACUGUAAUGUCAAAGCUAGACUGUUUUGAUUUAGUUUAUUCCCAAGCACUUUGACGAGGUCUGAAGUUUGUUUAUACUAUGUCGUAAUAAAAAAAUAACUAUCCAUAUUUAAUAUUAUAGCCUAUUUUAUUAGUGAUUUUAAACUUUAUUGAUGUUUUUGUAAUACUUAUAUCGUUUUGGUGUGUCUCAUUUUUUUUUACAUGUGAAAGCUGUGCUUAAAAGAUUCCUUUAUAAAUUUAUUACUUUUAGAUUCAUUUCUUACAUAUAUCAUUGUGGUGCGUCUUAUUUUGAUACGACAUGCGAAAGCUGUGCUGAAAAGAAUCCUUUAUAAAUCUAUUACUAUUAGAUUCAUUUCUUAAGUCUAGUAUAAAUAAUGAAAUACAAGGUAUUUGGGACAUUCAUAAACACUGUUUUCCUUUAAAUCAGUGUUUACAAGUAGAUUUCCAUGAAAUUAUCUGAAGUAAACUUCUGACACUUUGUGACAUUGCUGGUAAAAAUAAUUGAAUAAAUUGCCAGCUCAAACUUAUGUGUGCUGCUGGACCUCACUUUAUAGGAUGAUGUGCUGUGAAAAAAACAACAAAGUGUGACAACCACUCCUUUAAAUGGUCCAUUGCACGAGUUAAAAGUGUAUCCUCAGUUUAAGAUAAUUCUUAUUUUAUCUUUUUUGUGUGCCUUGAUUCAUUUUUGUAAAUCCAUUUUUAUUCUAAUUGACUUAAAGUUGAUACAAGUGUUUUCGGUUCAUUUGGUUCAGUGCUUCAAGUUAUUUUUUUAGCAAAAUUUCCCAUUCCAGUAUUUUAAUAAGUUUGGAUGACAACUUUCAUCUAUCAACUUGUAAUUUUGGUCUCUUUUGAUGUACACUAAAAAUGUUAAACAAAAUGUUAAACAAAAUAUUAUAUAUGGUUUAAGUACUGAAUCAAAUAUUUGUAACUAGUACAGUGAUAUUGCAAGGUGCGUGUUAUCAAAACGUCCUCCACACCAGAUGGAAGUUGUCUUGUCAUUGCAUUAAGAUUAAACCAGUACCGGUACUGAUAUGUUCAUAACUUUUGGCAGCACCUUCUGGAGCCACAACCAUAAUUUUUUGGUCUAUUAAAAACAUUUUAACAUUGCACACAGUGCCGACAACUACCCACUUGUUCACUACGAAGUGUGUCAGUCUUAAAUGAUCAAUUCUUUUAUUUAAUGUAGUUAUGUUUGACCCACUGAUUAAAUAGAACUGUGAGGUCUUAAUUGAUGCCUUUGAAAAAUGAUUAACUAAACAUCUUGUAGACUUGUAUCAUCAGAGGUUAAGUGACUCUGAGCUUAACUGACUGUUGUGAUAAGAAACCUCUCAAAAAGUUCCACAUAUUAAUCUAGAAACAUUCACAACAACAUGCCUGUUUUCUUUUCAAUUUUAAUCUGUUAGUUGAUACUCUGUAUACAUAUUAUAGGCCUAUAAUUUGUUAUUUAAAAGAUAUAACUUCAAAAGAAGUUAGUUUAAAUUGUAUUUAAUUGUUAUUUAAAACAAAAUUUAAUUUCGGAAGCCUAAGAUCCCCACUGCCUGGUUACUUCAUCACAACUCUUGACUUCAGUGCUUCUCAGAUGGUGUUUUGCAGACCUAAAGAUCCACACAUUUUGAUUGAUGUUCUGCUAGAGAUCUUUAUUGCAGCAUAGUGGUAUAAAGGAUAUAAAUAUAAAGGCAUAAUUUGUUCAAUCGGUCCAUUGGACAUGAUUCUUAUAUAUAAGGUUUCUCGUGGGGAAAAUGCUUGAGACUAACUGGUAAAAUUAAACUUGAGGGUCAUCCCAUAGUUGCUUAGGUUAAUGGUGGCCAUCCCAAACUAUAUUCAUCCUCUAGUGAUGUCAGCAUAAACCAUUGAUUAUCAAAUUUGUUUGACUAAGAAUGAAAAUGUUUUUUCAGAUUUUAUAAGAGCAGAACAACUUGUAUUGAAUCUGAUCACAAGUUUAAAUAAAUCUCAAAUACCAAACCUAAAAAAAUGCCUGUCAGCCCACCUGGUCUAAUGCUCAAGGUUAGUUUAUAAGAAGUUUUUAAAAAAUUAUUAAAUGUGUGAUGUGCGAAAUCCCACAUUCCAUGACAGAUCAAAUUUUAUAUCUGAUUAUUUUCCAUAUCUAUUGUGUAAAAAAUUCCCAGUGUUUUUACAUUAAUUGACAAAUGCAUAGAUGUCACCUGGUUUUACCAUUUUGGAUUACACUGUGACUAAGGAGGUAAAUAUUUAUGAAUACUAAUAGCUGUUAUAAAUUAACACUAGACUAGUCGUCAGGAUAUUUAACUUCUUAAGUUAAAAAAAAAAAAUCUUUAAAAUUCUUCUAGUUGCUAAAGGAGUGUCCUAGAAAAUCCUGAUUAGUUAAUAACAUCACGUUUUUUUCUCCCACUUUCAGGUUAUUUGGUUGACCCAUUUUAUGUUGACGUCAUGGUAAGCUACAAUUAAAUAAUCCCUAACAAUGGUUGACCCAUUUUAUUUUGACGACAUGGUGAGCUACAAUUAAAUAAUCCCUAACAAACUAAGUUUUGCGUAUAAAUCCUUGUUAAAAUAAAAUAUCGAGCAAUGGGGGUGGGGCUGAAAAUUUGACAAAACAUGCAACAUGUAACACACUUUAUAAGAAUCACAAUUAGUGUCGUCGUGUCCCCCCCCUCCCCGUCCGGCUCGCAACCGCAUUUUUUUUAUGCCACUGAACAAUAUUAAUAUUCUAAUCACCCACCUGCUUUGACAACACAGAUUUAUUUCACCAACUGUUUCAGAUAAACAAAAGAAAAUAUUACACAGAAAAUGCACUUGCAAUAUUUUUUAAAAAGAAUCUCAUUUAGCGCAGCUAUCUGGAAUUUUAUUUAUUGAAAUCAUAUUUCCUUUAUCUUCCAUUUGAAAAGGGAUGAUAUUUGGAGUUUGAGGUUUUUGUGUGUGGGGGGUGGGGGAGGAGGGGGGCUGACAAUUUGAUUAGAAUGUGUUGUCAUCAUCAACCUUUAAAUGUGCCAGUUUCAGCUUGAUAGGUUGACAGGAAGUGGGUAAAUUAGUCAUCUGAAGAUUUUUACCAGUCUGCCACCCAGCCAGGCAGCCAUGAACAAAAUUGAAGUUAAUAUAAAGGAUUAAAAAAACAACAACAAAUGCCAUGUGUGUCAAUUAACUUAGGGGUGUGGACCUGAAUUAUGUAAAGAUCCAUUAUUCUAUUUCUGUAAUUACUUCAUUUAUAAAUAUACUAAUAUGACUGUUGCCUGGUUUGGGCUACCAACUGUUCCGUCCCCUCCCUUAAUACACACAGCUGUUUAGCAAAAGUACUUAAUGCUGAACAUGCAUGUUAAAAAAAUCCAUAUUAUUCAUAGAUAAACAGAUACGGAAAAUAUAUCAAGUGAGGCCUAGUUCCUCGACCAACACAUUAUUUCCACCACAUGGCACAUUUUAAAGAAGAAAAAUAAAUUGCAAAAAAUGUUGAGCUUUUAAAGAUAUUUUAGUAACAUGACUGAUAAACUAUCCAUAUGGGAGCCCACCAUUUCAUUUUUGAGUCAAAUAAGAUUAAUAUUGCGGAGGCUUCUUUCAAGCUUGGGGAAGGAAAAAAAAAUUAAGAACAAGAAAAAAGCUUGACAUAUGGAACAAAACAAUGCACCUUGACAUAUGGAACAAAACAAUGCACCUUGACAUAUGGAACAAAACAAUGCACCUUGACAUAUGGAACAAAACAAUGCACCUUGACAUAUGGAACAAAACAAUGCACCUUGACAUAUGGAACAAAACAAUGCACCUUGACAUAUGGAACAAAACAAUGCACCUUGACAUAUGGAACAAAACAAUGCACCUUGACAUAUGGAACAAAACAAUGCACCUUGACAUAUGGAACAAAACAAUGCACCUUGACAAAUGGAACAAAACAAUGCACCUUGACAUAUGGAACAAAACAAUGCACCUUGACAUAUGGAACAAAACAAUGCACCUUGACAUAUGGAACAAAACAAUGCACCUUGACAUAUGGAACAAAACAAUGCACCUUGACAUAUGGAACAAAACAAUACACCUGACGUUUCAGAAUAAGAUAUGUGACAUCACAAUCACAUGAGGUUUGUUUUUUUUGAAAAUGAGUGCAUCGACGCUAGAUUGGGUGGGAGUGGGGAUAUUUAUUUAUUUAUCUAUUUAGGCAUUUUUAUAUAGCGCUUACCAUAAAGUCAUAAAGCUCUAAGCGCUUUACAAUUAUUAAAAACAUGUAAACUAAGUAAAAUAAAAAUGAGACAUUAGGAUAUAUAGAAAUAUUCGAAAUAUAUUUGACAUGAUAUGUGGUUAACCCCACAAUCUAUUUAAACUCUUUAUCUUCAAAAAUUAAUUUUUUAAUUUUUUUUCCUUCUAUGUUACUUUAGGGCUCUUUUUAGUGGUUCGUGGUUGCCAGGGGCCUACAUGUACACACACAUUGCUGUGUUGGCUUUUGGAUUCUGGGCGAUAGUGGCAAACGAGAGCACUGAUGCAGCACUUAUGGUAGGCAUGUAUUUUGGUUUUGAAAAUACUAUUCGUAUUACUGAUAUACCAAUGCAUGAAAUUUAUUCGUGAUGAGUAAAAAGUAUACCAAUGAAAUUAUAAAUAGGAGACCAUGAUGUAAUCUCAUCUGGAUGGCAAAGGAAUUUUUAGGCUUGCUUAUGACAAGUAAAGGGGGCGGAGUCAGCAAAAAAAAAAAAGAAGGGCUCCAAUACUCCAUUAGAGUCUGAUAGAAAGUAAAUAAAAUAAAUUAUGAGCUCCACUCAAGAGAUAUAGCAAACUGCAGACAAUAUUUGUUGCCCCAGCAAACCUUUUGCUUCACGUGAACUCCACCAGUUAUAGAUGAACUGAUCAGGUGUUCAGUUGAAGAACUCCACCAGUUAUAGAUGAACUGAUCAGGUGUUCAGUUGAAGAACUCCACCAGUUAUAGAUGAACUGAUCAGGUGUUCAGUUGAAGAACUCCACCAGUUAUAGAUGAACUGAUCAGGUGUUCAUUUGAAGAACUCCACCAGUUAUAGAUACACUGAUAAGAAGUUCAUUUGAAGAACUCCACCAGUUAUAGAUGAACUGAUCAGGUGUUCAGUUGAAGAACUCCACCAGUUAUAGAUGAACUGAUCAGGUGUUCAGUUGAAGAACUCCACCAGUUAUAGAUACACUGAUAAGAAGUUCAUUUGAAGAACUCCACCAGUUAUAGAUAGACUCUAGUCCACAAGUCAACUUCUUGAGGUGGUCAAUAUCUAACACUGAUAAGAAGUUCAUUUGAAGAACUCCACCAGUUAUAGAUAGACUGAUCAGGUGUUCAGUUGAAGAACUCCACCAGUUAUAGAUAGACUGAUCAGGUGUUCAGUUGAAGAACUCCACCAGUUAUAGAUAGACUGAUCAGGUGUUCAGUUGAAGAACUCCACCAGUUAUAGAUAGACUGAUCAGGUGUUCAGUUGAAGAACUCCACCAGUUAUAGAUAGACUGAUCAGGUGUUCAGUUGAAGAACUCCACCAGUUAUAGAUAGACUGAUCAGGUGUUCAGUUGAAGAACUCCACCAGCUUUAGAUAGACUGAUCAGGUGUUCAGUUGAAGAACUCCACCAGUUAUAGAUGAACUGAUCAGGUGUUCAGUUGAAGAACUCCACCAGUUAUAGAUACACUGAUAAGAAGUUCAUUUGAAGAACUCCACCAGUUAUAGAUAGACUGAUCAGGUGUUCAGUUGAAGAACUCCACCAGUUAUAGAUGAACUGAUCAGGUGUUCAGUUGAAGAACUCCACCAGUUAUAGAUGCACUGAUCAAAGUCACAAUUGUUUUUAAUUUUCUCCACAGUUUUUUGUGACUCUGCUUUUCAGUGUUCUCAAUGACAUCUUAUGCCUUGCCCUGUAUGAGCCUAGAGCUCACGAUGUUUACGAGUGUAAGUAGUCUUACCCUUCAGCUGAGUCUUUUUUAUUUUAUAGUGCGUAUAUACUAUAUCUUCAGCGUACAUUUUGCAUGUCUUUCAACUCAUAUCACAUGAGAUAUGAUAAAAGUUGCUUACCUCUUGACCAAAGAUAGUGGGUCAUAAUUCAUUCCGGCAAAUACCGGGGUAGGAUGAGUCAGCCGUGGAAGGCAACCAGUGUAGAUGUAGCCCAACCAGUAAUGAGUCAGCCAUGGAAGGCAACCAGUGUACAUGUAGCCCAACCAGUAAUGAGUCAGCCAUGGAAGGCAACCAGUGUACAUGUAGCCCAACCAAAAAUGAGUCAGCCAUGGAAGGCAACCAGUGUAGAUGUAGUCCAACCAAUUGUUACAACAGCCAGACAAAAUCCAGACCAUGAAAAAAUUUAUUUUUCAAAAUCAACUGAACUCUUUAUUUAAAAAAAAAAUCUUUUUCAUCCUCAGCAAAUCGAGCCAGCACCAGUCAGACAAACGAGUUCAGGUUUGCCUUGGGGUAUCCUUUUAAAUUUAUUAUGAUUAGAUGCUAAUAGAAUUGUUUUAUAGACGCUCCACGUAAUUGUAAUAUAUUUUCAGAUGGCCUUUCAAGCCCUAUUUUCUCAUUUUUUAAGAGUUGGUAGUAGUAAAGUUUUUUUUUUUUUUUUUAAAGGGUCGGUGUGAUAUUGAUAUUGUUACUUAACAUACCAGUUCAACUGUUCAAAAUACUUUACACAUAGAGGAAAGCUUUGUUAAUAUUGUUUUCUCAAAUCAAAAGGACCUGGUUGUUCAUCAUAGUGCCAACAAGAUUUUCAACAACAACAAAAAACGACUAAUACAUCCAAAACACACAAUUAUUAAUUCACUAUUUCAUACCAGGUCAUUGAAAAUAUCAAUAAUUCACCAUUUCACAACUACUCUCUCAUACAAUUAUUCAUUCCAUAUUUCAGAUCUAGUCACUGAUACAAUGAUUCAUUCCACAUUUCAUGCCAGUCACUCACACAAUGAUUCAUUCCAUAUUUCAUUCUUAUUCGCUCAUGCAAUCGUUAAUUCCAUUUUUAUACCUAGUCACUCAUACAAUCAUUAAUUGUAUAUUUCAUGCCUAUUCACUCGUGCAGUCAGUAUUUCAUACCAAGUCAUUCGUACAAUCAUAGUUUAUUAUUUAAGACUAAGGGAAAAGAAGUACAUUUUAAUAAAAUCCAUGCUGACUUUAAAAAUAUAAUUCAAUAUUUCAUUUUUUCUGUCUGGCCUGCUCCCAAAUUUAAGAAAAAAUGUAUUAACUUCCAAACACUUCAGCUGAUGCAUGUUACAAAUUAAUUCAAAACAAUAUCCUGUGAAGCCAUCAACUUCUGCCUUGGGAUGGGUUGGGAUGGGUCGGACUAUCAUUUCAAAUGGGAUUGUAUUGAUUUUUUAUAUGGCUCAAUUUGGAUAGCUUUUAAAAAUAACAAUUUAAAGUCAACAAAAAUGUUAUAGCUCUACAACAAAGAUUCUCAAAUUUUUAGUUUCCUUGUUUCUAACAACAUCUUUGAUUUCUUUUUGUUGUCCAACUGAUGAAAGCACAGUUUUUAAGCCUCAAACCAAACAAUAUUUUGUUAAGCUUAAAUUAGUAAAAUGAUCACCCAAACAAUUUGUGUCAAUAAAACAGUAUAGGUAACUUCAAUUAUUUUGAAGACAAAAUACAAAUGUUUCUGCCAAAUGCCUUUUUUAGUACAACUGCAACAUGAUAACAAAUAACAUGAAUGUAAAUUAUUAUAUUGAUAAACUACCUAAAAUUAAGAAAAAGAAAAGGAAAAGGGUGGGCACGAGUUGCUCACAAAAACAGAAGAUUAAAAAGAAAGUCCUUAGGAUGACAUUGUUUCUUAUUGACUCAAUUUACUCCCAUCAGCUCUUCUGGCAUAUGAGACAGUGAGGGUGGUGGCCAGUCUUGCUGGCUUAUAUUGUCAUAUCUUAUUUGAUUUUACAGUAAAUAAAAAGUCCCCAAAAAAUUUAAAAAUUAAAUACACUAUUUCCAUUUCCACUCUCAAGUUUAAGAACCACUGAACUUGGUAUCAAAAGUUUUUUUCAAACCCCUCCUGUGACACUUCUCAUAUUGCCCUCAUAGCAUCUGUGGCAUUUAGUGUUGUGUAGUUAUUGGUGGUGGAAUAGUUUGAUGCUUAUGGCACAGCAGACAUAGGCAGUGGAAGGGUGUAUGGCAUCUGUGGCAUUUAGUGUUGUGUAGUUGGUGGUGGAAAAGUUUGAUGCUUAUGGCACAGCAGACAUAGGCAGUGGAAGGGUGUAUGGCAUCUGUGGCAUUUAGUGUUGUGUAGUUAUUGCUGGUGGAAUAGUUUGAUGUUUAUGGCACAGCAGACAUAGGCAGUGGAGGGUGUAUGGCAUCUGUGGCAUUUAGUGUUGUGUAGUUGGUGGUGGAAUAGUUUGAUGUUUAUGGCACAGCAGACAUAGGCAGUGGAAGGGUGUAUGGCAUCUAUGGCAUUUAGUGUUGUGUAGUUAUUGGUGGUGGAAUAGUUUGAUGCUUAUGGCACAGCAGACAUAGGCAGUGGAAGGGUGUAUGGCAUCUGUGGCAUUUAGUGUUGUGUAGUUGGUGGUGGAAAAGUUUGAUGCUUAUGGCACAGCAGACAUAGGCAGUGGAAGGGUGUAUGGCAUCUGUGGCAUUUAGUGUUGUGUAGUUAUUGCUGGUGGAAUAGUUUGAUGUUUAUGGCACAGCAGACAUAGGCAGUGGAAGGGUGUAUGGGAUGUGGGAGUAUGUGUGGGUAGUGGAAGAAUAUUUGCAUAGUGGAAGGAUGUGGGGUAGAUAAAGGAUGUUUGGGUAGUGGGAGAAUGUGAGGGUAAAGGAAGGAUAUGGGGGGGGGGGCGGGUUGAAGGGUGCAGGGGAGUGGAAGGAUGUGUGGGCAACAAUUAAAAGAAAAGAGUUGUUGAAACUGACCAGAUGACAUUCACCAGUUGAAACUCACCAGAUGACAUUCACCAGUUGAAACUGACCAGAUGACAUUCACCAGGGGUUAUUUUCUUUUACAGAUAAAAAUGAUCUCCUCAGAAAAUCACCAAUUCCAAUUUAAAAUAAAAUAUUUCCCCAAUUUUUCCAAGUUUGCUUAUAGAGAAACUUGCAUGGUUUUUAAAUCUGGUACCUAUAUAUAUAAAAAAAAAAAUGAUUUUGAGUUGUAGGCCUUGUUAAAAUAUGUUGUGUUAAAUAUCCUUAACUCAAGUCACCCAGCAUGGCAAUAACUAAUUUAAUACUGAAGCCAGUGACGAUAUUCCUUACCCUGCGCAUCUACCAAAGCAGAGUUCAAGGGACCGAGUACAACCCAGCCAUUCCUGGAUUAGGUAGCUUUCCUGGCGUAGUUAUGUGUCAAUUAUAUAUAAUUUAUUUAGUUAACUUAAUAACACUGACUUUUUUUUGGCUCCUAUUUUCUGGCAUAAAAUAAGAAUUUUUAAUGCAAUUUAUUUUUUUCAGGUUUGUAUGGUAUCAUGUAAUGGGGUCAUUGUGGUAACAGGGUAACAGUUUAGGCAACACCUGUACUACUUGUCUGAUUAAGGCGCAAUAUCCCAAAUUUGCAUUCAACAAUUUUUUAUUUAAAAAAGGCAAUUUAAAAACGUUAAAAAAUAAUUUUAAAAACUUCAUAUGCAAACAGCUAUACAGAUUGAUACUCAUGAGUAAAUUUCAUGACCUUGACAGGCGCAGCUGCCCCAAGACUCGGAGGAGCUUACGACAACAUUGACAGCAAUCAGCACCACCCAUAUGGCAAACCCUCGGAUCCACCCACCUACCAGGCUCCUGGCUACCAAGAACCACCUCCACUUGGUCACCCAUAGUCUAAUGCUUUCAGAAGAAGGUUAUGGACAAAAGUCUUUCCAAGGAACUGCUCAUUUCUUCCCUUCAUUUUCAUACAGAUAUUGUGAUUUUAAUUUUUUUAAAAAGAUUUAAGAAUUUUCUUUUUCUAAGUGGGAAAAAGUUGGGAGUGACGUUUUGACAAAAAAAAAAAUGCUCUGUCCAUGUACCGGUACGAUAUUGAUCAUGGUAGUGAUCGUAAGCAGCAUCACAUAUACAAAGUUAAUUAAAUUUGCCUGGUUAGGAAACUGUACAAUUCUUAGAUGGUAUUUUACUAGUAUGAGAUGGUACGGUACUAUUUUGUGAGUUUCAGGGUGACCAGGUCUGAGAUUCUUUGAGUUAAACUAAUAUAUUUUUAUCAUGCCUGCAUUUAUGAGUGUUCAUUUGUAUUUUAUUUACUUACUACUACUUUAACAUAUUUUUUUUUACUCAAAUGUUUUCAAAAUUUUCUGGAUGAUUAUAUCUAUUCAUUAGGUAGCCAGUGUUAUAAAUUAAAUGACAGCUUUUUUAUCACCCAUUGAACACUAAUGAAGCUAGUCGCUGCUUGAUUAUUUGAAUAACCCCUUGAGCUCUGUUUAAAAAUGUCUCUAUGAGAUAAAUUGUUCACCGGGAACAAGAUUUUGCCAAGUGUUAUGCAAGUCAUGUGUUCUAGAGCCCUGAAAUUUUUUAUUUUUUUAAAAUGUUAAUAGGAACUGGUACAAAAAAAAUGUAGGUAUGAUAAAUAGAUCAUGUUUUUAAUUUUAAUUUUUCCCCAAGUAUAAUCAGUUCAAAUCGUGUGUUUGUCUUGGAAGUCAAUCUGGCAUAUGCAAAAUGGGCUUUCUACUCUUUUUUUUUGAAAAUUAAAUUUUCCUUCUUCUAAAAAUGACAGUGAAAUACAUAUUUACACUUCAUCUUCUAGAAAACUUCUGUGGGUUUUCUUGUGCCUUCACUUUCUUACCAUUCCAUUGAACACAUUCCCAUAUCCAAUCAUUUGAACCAUUUUAGGACUAAACUUUUCCACAUUUUUGUAAAUUGCUCUGUGCUAAAUGAUAAUUUCAGAUUUGUUUCUGUUGAUCUGUCACAGUGCUGCUCAAACUAUGCACCAUGAGUCCCUUCACAUGAUAACAGUGCUCCUAACUUGACCUCCAACCCAGGGGCUUUAUGACAAUUAUGAUAGUCCUUUAUUUUAAACCUCAUGCCACUUGGGCCAAGACUUGAUUGAAAUUCAUGGUCAUGACCUUAACAGAAGAAUGGGCAGGAAAAAACAAAAAGACCACUGGUUUCAGAAUUACUUUGUAUGACUGUGAUUUUAGCAGACACUUCUUUGGGACAGUAUCUAAUGUAAAUAAAUUUUCCCUUUUUGAGAAAUAUUACAUCAAUGGUCUUUGUGGCAUUUUUUAAUUUUUAUGGUCAAGAUGACCUUAAUUGCUACCGCUGACCAAUGAUAAUUUAUUUACAAGCAAACUAAUAAUUACUCCUGUCGCAAGUUAAUAUAAAAGCUUAAUCUUCAAAGAAUUGCAGCUAUUGUCCCAUGUAUUGUUGCAAAUAUUGUAUUAUUUUAAAAUAUUUAUUUGUUAUAACAUAUAACAUUGUUAUGACGUUGUUCCUGAAAUUAUUUGCUGCUGGCUCAAACAUGAUAUUUUAUCAGAUAAUCAAAACUAAGGAUAAUAAGUAACAAAAGGUUGGAGCAAACCUGAAAAAAUACAAAAUGAAACAUCUAUAAAAAAAACAAAACAACCUACGGUACUUCAGCCAGGUAACGCCCCCCCCCCCCCCCCCCCCCCAAAAAAAAAAAAAAAAAAAAACACCAAAAAAAAAAAAAACAACCCACCGACCCCACACCCAGAAAACCCCCCCCCCCCCCCCCCCGCAAAAAAAACAACAACCCAAUUGUUUAAAAUAAAAUAACUUUAAGAAACUUAUCUCAAGCCCUGUAGGGUAUAAGAGUACCUUAUGUUAUUUACUUCAUGAAAUGUUUAGAGAGUACCUUGUAUUUAUUUCAUAAAACAUUUAGAUUUUGAGAGUUCCUUGUGCAAUUCAUUUCAUAAAAAUUCUAUUGCUGUGAAGUUGUAAAGAAUUUCAAGACAAAAUCUGUCAAUUGUGUUCAAAAUCAAAAAUGUUUUUAUCAACAUCAAAAUAAUUAAAUGACAGGUACAUGUGACCACCACAUAUUUGAUACUGGUACUGGUAGUCAAAAGUACAGUAUCACAGCUAAUUGUGAGAUUUAAAAAAUAUCAAAGAAAAACUUGUAUUAUGCUUUGAAAAUUAAAAAACACAACUUUUACAUUCCCUAUCUUUACAUUUUGAAUAUUAUUUUUCUAUGUGAUGCUUAUAUUUGCUGAAAAUGUCAUUACAUACAGAGAAAGAAUUAAUUAAUAGUGUUUUUAAAAAAAUAUUUUUUUUCCAUGUUUGAAAAUGAAUUCAACAAUAUCUGACAAUAGCGAUAUCCCUUUUAGAAUAUUCAUUACAAUUAAAAAUUUUCAUAAAAUGGUAGCAUUUUUCAUAAAGUAUGUGUGCUUUUCAUCCAUUUCAUUAUCAGUUGAUUUCAUCUUGGAGAAUUUUUUAUAAUAAAAGACAAAAU